AUGAACUUGGAAGGGGUCGGUGACGAACUCAGAUGCCGCGCUUUUUCGGUCACCUUAGCAGGACCAGUGAUACGAUGGUUCAACGGCCUCUCCCAAGCCUCUAUAACGACCUUCGGGGACAUCACCCGAGCCUUCCUAGCCCAGUUUACUACCUGCAUUACGAAGGCGAAACACCCGAUCAACCUUCUCGGGAUAACGCAAAGAGCCGGAGAGCCAACCAAAAAAUACCUGGACAGGUUCAACGAUGAGUGCUUGGAGAUCGAUGGCCUAACCGACUCGGUGGCCAGUUUAUGUUUGACAAACGGGUUGCUAAAUGAAGAUUUCAGGAAGCAUCUUACCACCAAGCCCGUGUGGACGAUGCAGGAAAUCCAGAACGUGGCAAGGGAAUAUAUCAAUGAUGAAGAAGUCAGACAGGUCGUGGCAGCCAACAAGCGGCAGCCCACCUACAACCAACCUCGACAGCACGGCAGCGGAGAGAGGCUUAAGGAACACUCCAAGGACGAAGUCCCAGCCAAAAACUCCAAGACAUUCCCUCUGGUUGCCAAGUUCACCAAUUACACUCUCCUAGCUGCCCCAAUUGUGGAGGUAUAUCAGCAAAUAGCCGAUAAGAGUAUCCUGUCGAAGCCCCGACCUCUCAAGGACAGGACCGAGGGAAACAAGAGCCUUUAUUGUGAUUACCAUAAAGGUUUUGGUCACAAGACCCAAGACUGUUUUGAUCUCAGAGACGCCUUGGAAUAG